AUGAUUUCUUAGCAAUUAAAGGUGGGAUUCUAUGAUAAUACAAUUCCUAAAUUUAAAAUAUAAUUGACUAAUCGUCCUACUUAUGAAAAACAAUCGAUGAAUCUAAGAAGAAAAAUGGAGAUUGGCAUCAAAUAGGAGUCAAUUUAAAUCUAACAGUUAUAGAAAUAACAAAAUCAUUUAUGGAGAUUAAGGGUUUAGAAUACUUAAGAAUAUCAUAAAAAGCAGAGCAAUCUAAUAUUUCGAUCAAAUACAAUUAAUAUUAAGAAUUCUAAUUCAUUAAACAGCCAAAAAUGCGUUCAUCUCAUAUAUAAAAGUCCUUAAAAAGCAAUCACAGAAAGGGGGAAACAUCAGAAGCCGAAUGAGAUAGGUUUAAUUAAUAGAUCCUUGGAUUGUCAAAAUAUGAAUGAAAUAUUGAAUGAUAGAAACUAGAUAUACAAAAGAAGAACCUUAAGAUUAAGUUUGGUUUGA